AUGGAAAUUGAUCCAAAAGGCAAAACCCAGCUGGCUACCUGUGUUGUUUCGGCGGAGGUGUCCCCGUAUUCUUCUUGGUUCCGCUUGACCCCUGGGCAGCCCAAUGGGCCUUCCUCUAGCAGGCCUCCAGUCUUUGAAUCUUUUGGUGACAUUACUGCUUUUUUAGCUGGAAAAACGCUUCAGCAUUCUCUGGUCCCACAGCAACCGAUCAUUGUAAAUUGGAGCGUGCCCUCAACUUCGGAGGUGGGUCCGACUUCCUGCGCGCUCACACUAGGUGGUGCCUUCUCGGCUUCUGAAGUGUUUCAUAUACCACCUGAGCCUGCGCGUGAUCAAGCACCUCGCCAAGAAAACACUAAUCCACCUCUGAACCCUCCACUGCAUCUCUCUCUAGACAAUUCUGAAAGUGCUGAUCCUGCAAUGGCUUAUCAGCGCGCGGACCCCACACUGUUUGUCCCAAAUGGGAUGCAUCGACAGAAUGUUCCCGGAAGAGUGCCCAUGGUGCGCGCAGUUGCAGGAUCAAGGCCUCAACGUCGAAAUGAGACGGUUGCAAUCGUCACCAUCGACCCUUUGCCUGAUUACUGGGAAACAGAUUAUAUUCAGGAUGCUGUGUGUUCUUUUGGUCGAGUGGAUAACUGGAUUAAUAAUAGAAGGAGGCUCACCAGAUUGAUUGUUAGAGUUAGAGUUGCUGAUCUUCGGAGUAUCCCUCAGUGUGAGAUUAUAAGCCAUGAUUUCGUUGGUGGAGGCCCGCCACCUGAAGACCCCGCUCCUCAGUAUCUUGAUCAUCUGGCACCUUUUGAUUUUUUCGGUCUCGUUCUUCAGGGACAGGGCAAUAACCAGGGUCAGGCAGAUCAACUCGGGGAAGAAAAUCAGGAUGAAGAAGAGACCAAUCCUAAUGCACAGUGGGACUUCUUGGCAGCCCAGAAUGGUGGAGCUGGUAACAUGGCCUUUGCUCAGGGACAGGGCAUUAUUCAGGGUCAGGCAGUUCAACCUGUGGAAGAGAACCAGGAUGUAGAAGAUAUCAAUCCAAAUACACAGUGGGACCUCCUAGCAGCUCAGAAUCCACAAAAUGUUGCAUGGGAUCAAUGGCCUGAUGAGCAGAUGCAACAACCUCCCAAUGGUCAGAACAUUGGCAACAUGGAAAUUGAUCUUAAUGGUGCACCCAACACAGAUAUGCAAGAGGUCAUCAUUAAUAUAGCUGUUGCUGAUCUAAAUGGAGAUUUCCUAGAACUAAAUAACUUCAUACAAGAUGCUGAUGAAGAAGUCAGUCAUUUGAUUGAGCAGAAUCCUGGGUUUGGUCCCAAUAACCCUCUUGAUAAUCAGGAACAACAGAAUCAGCAGCAGCCCUUUGGUGAUAUUCCUCACCUCAACUUGCCAAUAGAACCAAUGAUAGUUGAAGAGGUUCCACUGCAUAUGCUGAUGGAUGAAGAUGAUUUUGAUCAAGAUGAGCUGGAGGAUCAAGAUGAACCAGAGGAUCAACAGCUGGGAAAUGCAACAGACAAUGUUAUAAAUGUUGGAGCAGUUCUGCUCAGAGGUGAACCUUCUGCUGACCCUGUUCUGUUGCAAAGUUUAAAGACCUCCUUCAUCAAGAUCCCAGACUGCAGCCCAAUGCAAAAGCCUCUUUGCAUCAAAGCUGGUUCAAGCAACCUCAUCCCUACACCUGGUCAGACUGAUGAACAAACUGAAUGUACACCUGCUAAGAAAGUAAAGAAGAGGAAUACACCUAUAGUUGAAAGUGAAAAGAUGGGCACAGAACUCUGCCAGAUUGAUGAAAAGUUUCUUUCUGAGAAAGUCCUUAAUCAAAGGAAGAAGAAAGUCGGUAAGGCUAUUGACAAGAUAGACUCUGUGAUCUCUGAAGUUGCACCUGAUGUCCGCGAUAAAGAUGUUGCCGCACAGAAGAAGCAGGAAGAAGCAGGCAAGAAGAAGAAGAAGAUACAGCUGAAGGCGAACAGGAAGCCAAGUGUUGCUGAUCUAGCUGAAGACGUUCAAGAAGAAGAUGGUGCUAACCAAGGGGGAGUUGCACCAAAGAAGAUGACAAAGAAAUCAAGCACUCAAUAA